AUGGAGAUGCCCUUCAUUAGUGCUACUAGUUACUUUGAUCUUGCCUUGGAUUAUCUGGAAUGGUGUGACAAUCCGUUCAGCAAGUAUUUUUCUUCUGAUAUCAGGAACCUGAUGCUGGAGGUUAGAUUAUUGAAAACUUUUGAUCUGUAUAUGAGAAAUUGCAGGAGGAGGAAUCAUGGAACGAUUUUGGAACAUGAUCAGGAGGAGAAGGCUAAUACUAAGUCUGACAGAGUGAGACAUAGUAUUAUUUUGUUCACAAUUCAAGAUCUGGUUACCAGGAUACAGCACGAUCUUCACUCUGCUUAUCUUAGAGAUAUGCAAUCUGGUGCAUCAGAUUUUAGUGGCAUUGAAGGUGAGCUCGUUGGAUUCCAGGAAGAUAUCGAAUUGUUGUUUGAGAAAGAAAUCAAUGAAUCAUGGAUCAAUAUUUUGUUGGGCCAUUACUCACUGGGAGAUACACGACUAGUUAUGGAUCUCAUUGAUUCCCUCUCUGAUAAUCUGGAGGAUCUUCUCUUCGGAGAUCAUGAAUUUGGUGAAGCUUUUCAUUAUCUAAUACAUACCCUUAAAGAGAAACUAAUGUUCUUGAAGAGUUUCAUUUGCUUUGUCACACUGCAGGGCGUUCAGGCUGCACGCCUGAUUUCUAUAUCUUGGUUUGAGAGAGACGAUGAAGAGGUUUGCAAUGCAAUGGAAUUUGAAAUUUCUCAACUGCUGCACGAGAAGAUUGAUCCGGUUGAUCCCCAAGUCCAAGAAACUUAUAUCCAUGUCCUAACUGCUUCAAAAUUGUCAAGAUCAUCACACAAUUUAGCUCUUGAGGAGAACAAGAAUCUGGUGGCUAAAUUUAUUGUCUGUCUCCUAGAUUACAUUAUGGACCUAAUAUCACAUAAUAGCAUUCUGGUUCCAGUGAAGGAUCAAAUGCUAAAAUUCCAUCAGGGAGUGAGAUUCCUGAGUAUCCUUCUUAGCCAGCAGCAAGAGAGGUUCAAUGAGCUACAUGACGAACUGAAGGAUCUUAUCAGAAUUGUGGUCUGUGAUGCAGGAAUCAUGACUUUCUCACUUUCUGUGAAUGAAAUAGAAAUAGGCCUGGCCAAGGAAACAGAUCUUGAGCUGUUUCAUUUGCUGAAAGUGCUUGAGGUUAUUAAGGGAGAAGUUACACAAAUUUAUCCAGUUACGUCACCAUCAUCAUAUAGGUUUCCAAGGACCAAUGAGUUGGGCUCCAUUGAUUUCCUACUAGAAAAUCUUGUGGAACUAGCAUGUUCUGAGCAUGAUUUAGUUACUCUUCCAAAGGAUCAAAUCCUCACAAUCCAAGAAGAUCUUAUAUUCUUAAGAUCUUUUCUACAAAAUAUUCUGGAGCAGCGCAACCAAAAUGAAAAACUACGAGAUGUUUGGAAUCAUGUGAUGGAGGUUGCAUAUAAGGCAGAGUUAGUGAUAGACUCUGUUGUGGUGGGGGAUAAACCUGAAUGUUUGGAUACUAUUGCUGGAGAUAUCAAACUUGUGAAGACUGAGGCUCUUGAAAUCUAUGACAGCAUGAGGCAUGAUAUUGAAGCUCAGAGGGUCACGAAGAAUUUUAUUUGCAUUAAAUCACAACAUAACACCCUGGGAUUGAAUGAUGUUCUGGUGGGUCUUGAUGAUGAGGUAAAAACAAUUAUGGAUAAAAUUACCAGGGGUUCAAAGCUGUUGGAUAUUGUUUCGAUUGUGGGCAUGCCUGGACUUGGCAAGACAGCAUUAGCCAGCAAAGUUUUCAAUGAUCCUUCAGUUUUAGGCCACUUUCAUAUUUGUGCUUGGUGUACUCUUUCUCAAGUGUAUAGCAAGCACAAUUUGUUGGUUCAGAUUCUUGGUUUUAUAGCUUCUGAGAGGUUUGACCAAUAUCUGAAUAUGAAUGAAGAUGAUUUGGCAGAAAAGCUCUACAAGUGUUUGAAGGGGAAUAGGUAUCUCAUCAUUUUGGACGAUGUGUGGGACAUUGAGCCAUGGAACUUGUUGAAACCAUCAUUGCCAGAUGAUGCCAAUGGAAGCAGGAUUCUUUUCACCAGUAGAUUUCAUAAUUUGUCUUCACAAUUCAAACGAGAUUGCACGCCUCACCAUCUUCGGCAACUUAUGGAUGAAGAGAGUUGGGCAUUGCUGCAGACAAAGAUAUUCGGCAAAGAAGUUUGUCCUCCAGCAUUAAGAGUAGUUGGAAAGCAAAUAGCAAAAAAUUGUAAGGGCCUACCUCUCACAGUUAUCCUUGUUGCUGGAAUUCUUUCAAAUGUUAAGGAAGAUUGCUGGGAAGAAGUUGCAAAUAGUCUGAGCUCUCGCUCAGUUAUUGAGACCGAGCACUGCAUGAAGACACUGGAGCUGUGUUACAGUCAUUUACCCGAUUAUUUGAAGCCAUGCCUCCUCUACCUUGGUGCAUUCCAGGAAGACCAAGACAUUCCUGUUCGAAAGUUAAAGUUGUUAUGGAUCUCUGAAGGAUUUGUGCGGAAGACUGAGCCAAGUGACUUAGAGGAUGUGGCAGAUGGCUACUUGACGGAUCUGAUCACUAGAAGUUUAGUUAUGGUUACGCUACAAAGAUCUGUAGGGGGGGUCAAAGCUUGCCGAAUUCAUGAUUUGGUGCAUGAGUUUUGCGUGGAAAAAGCCAAAGAAGAAAGAUUUCUACGGAUUUUGCCUGGGCAUACUGAGCUUUCUACUUAUAAUGGAUCAUACAGCACCGAUCGAUUUUUUAUUUACUCUGCCACAGAAGAGGAAUUGAAGAAUUCGAGACUACUUUUUCCCAAUUUACGCUCCUUGAUCUGUUAUUUUCCAAGGGAAGUAGUAUUGCUUGUUCACCUGAGAUACUUGACCAUUCAGUGUUAUAUAAAUUCCAUCCCAUCGUCAAUAGCCAAUCUCUCAAGGUUAGAAACUUUUAUCAUCAAAGUGUAUGAUGGAAAUGUUGGAUUGCCUGAUACUAUUCGGAGCAUGAAGAAAUUGAGGCACCUAUAUGUGGAAGGUAUUCUUUCUCCAGUUGCUUUUAGUCUUUCAUCUGACGAUCUUGAAGUCUCCCAAGAUAUAUAUCAUUUUGAAACCUUUACCCUUGCUGUUGAUCCCUCACCUCAAAUUUUCCAAAAGACACUGACAAAGUUACCAAGCAUCCGCAGGCUAAAAUGCGUGGGGGGCAGAAGAUACUCUGCUGAGAGUUUCGACAGGAUUAUCAAGCUCGAUUUUUUGAGUCAACUAGAAUCACUCAAAGUGGUUAGCUUUCAGAGAGUUGAGUUUGCAUUCCCCCUAAACCUACGAAAACUAACACUCUCAAUCCUUGAUGGGCCGGGGUUGCUUGCCAGGUUUGAACAAAAUAAACUGCCAUGGAAUAAAAUAUCAGCAAUUGCAGAGCUGCCCAAUCUUGAAGUGCUCAAAUUAAGUGGAGCCUUUGUGGGGGAAACAUGGGAAAUGGGAGAAGGGGCAUUUCCUAAGCUCAGAUUCUUGAAGUUGGCAUACUUGGACAUUGUCAGGUGGACAGCCUCUUGUGAUGAUUUCCCCCCUCUUCAGAAACUGGUUUUGGAAGGUUGUUCUAAGCUGGAAGAAGUCCCUUCUUGUUUAGGGGAUAUUCCAACUAUUGAAGUGAUAGAGGUCAAAUGGUGUCACAAGUCUACCGCAAGCUUGGUUAAGCAAAUUCAAGAACAACAGAUGGAUAUGGGAAACGAGUGUCUAAAAAUAUUUAUUCAAGAAAAUUUUAAGAUUUGGGCAAUUUCUUGA